AUGUCUCGUAUUAUUGUUAAGGGUUUACCCGUUUACUUGACGGAUGAGAAGCUGAGGGAGCAUUUUACAAAGAGGCUGCAUCAGAAUCAUUCCUCCCAAAUCACUAGUGGCAGCGGUCCGGACCCCAUAACCGAUGUCAAAAUUCUCAGAGAUAGAAAUGGAGAGAGUAGAAGAUUUGGAUUUAUCGGAUACCGUAACGAGGAAGAUGCUUUUGAUGCUGUUAACUACUUCAAUGGUAGUUUCGUUAACACUUCCAAGAUAGAAGUUUCGAUGGCCAAAAGUUUUGCAGAUCCAAGAGUUCCUCAGCCUAUGAAGGAGAAAAGGAGAGAAGCUUUGAAAAGGUUCAGAGAGAAGGAGGAGAGAUUGCUGCAGGAACAAAAUCGAAAGAAAAACAAGCCGGAUGAUAAUAAGCACAACAGAAUUGAUGAAGAGAUUCGUAAAAACAAGCAAUUACAGGAGUUCAUGGAGACUAUGAAGCCAAGCUCUCAAGUUACGUCAUGGGAAAAGGUGGGCAUUGACAAGGGCAUAGAUGACAAGGAACAAAAAGGGGAGGAAGAGGAGUCCGAUGUACAGGGGAACUCUCUGCUGGCUCAUGCACUAGCUUUGAAAGAGGAGAAUGAUAGAGACGCAACACCAAAAUUGAAGAUCGACAAUGAAAGUGAUGACGAGUACUCGGCUCUCACCACCAAUAAGGAUGAAAGUCAUGAUGAUGGAGAGGAAGAAAAAAUGAUGAGUUUGAGUAAUUUGGAAGAUGUUAGUGCGAGCUUAGUAGUCGAUGACAAUAAUAUUGAUAAUGAAACAGAAAAUGAGAAGAGGAGAAAUCUUGCCCAAGAUGAACAGGUUUCCGAUCUAGAUUGGUUCAAGCAACGUCGUGUUAGAAUCAAAGAAAGUGAAGCGGAGGCAAGAGAAAAAUCAUUACAAUACACUACUGAACACAACGAUGGUUCCGAUGUGAAGGAGGAAAAACACCUAGAAGUAACAGUUCCACAAAAGACCGACGAAGAACAGGCCAUUGAAAAAAUCAACCAAACAGGUCGUUUAUUCUUACGUAAUAUUCUGUACACUUCCAAGGAAGAAGAUUUCAAGAAACUUUUUAGUCCGUUCGGAGAGUUGGAGGAAGUCCAUGUGGCUUUGGAUACUAGAACCGGUCAAUCCAAGGGAUUCGCGUACGUACUAUUCAAGGACCCUAAAAGUGCGGUAAAUGCAUAUGUUGAAUUGGAUAAACAAAUAUUUCAAGGAAGACUAUUACAUAUCCUUCCUGGUGAAGAAAAAAAGAGUCAUAGGUUGGAUGAAUUUGAUUUAAAGAACAUGCCCUUGAAGAAGCAAAAGGAGUUAAAAAGGAAGGCAGCUGCAUCAAAACAAACAUUUUCUUGGAAUUCCUUGUACAUGAAUCAAGAUGCUGUUUUGGGCAGUGUGGCUGCAAAAUUGGGUUUAGAGAAAUCUCAAUUGAUCGAUGCUGAAAACUCAAAUUCCGCUGUCAAACAAGCUUUGGCAGAAGCUCAUGUUAUUGGUGACGUUAGAACAUAUUUUGAAUCUAAAGGUGUUGAUUUGACCAAAUUUUCGCAGUUGAAGUCUACAAAUCAAAGAGACGAUAAAGUAAUAUUAGUGAAAAAUUUCCCAUACGGGACAACUAGAGAAGAGCUUGGCGAAAUGUUUUUACCAUAUGGUAGGUUGGAAAGAUUACUCAUGCCACCAGCUGGUACAAUCGCCAUAAUCCAAUUCAGGGACGCGACGUCGGCAAGGGCAGCUUUCACUAAACUAUCAUAUAAGAGGUUUAAGGAUGGUAUAAUAUACUUGGAGAAGGGUCCUAAGGAUUGCUUCACUAAAUCCGCUGAAUCCGAUGAUUUGAUAAAUAACACUACAAAUGAAGAAGAAAACCCUGUGGAGAUAAAACCUUCAUCAAACGACUUAAUGGAAACCAACAAGAAUAUAAAUGAGGGGUCGUCAGCUAUACAUGAUGAAGAUUCUAUCGAUGGCCCAACUGUCUCGAUAUUUAUCAAGAAUCUAAAUUUCUCCACUACAAAUCAAACCCUUACCGAUAGGUUCAAAGUUUUCACUGGGUUUGUUGUUGCCCAAGUGAAGACGAAGCCUGAUCCUAAACAUCAGGGCAAAACUUUAUCUAUGGGUUUUGGGUUUGUGGAAUUCAGAACCAAAGAACAAGCAAAUGCAGUGAUAGCUGCAAUGGAUGGCACGGUGAUUGAUGGCCAUAAAAUUCAAUUGAAGUUAUCUCAUAGACAAACAUCUAAAAAUGGUAAUGCAAAGGCUAAAUCUAAUAAGAAAAGUGGCAAGAUUAUUGUCAAGAAUUUACCAUUUGAAGCCACAAGAAAAGACGUUUUCGAGUUAUUCAAUUCCUUUGGUCAACUGAAAUCUGUUAGAGUUCCAAAGAAGUUUGAUAAGUCGGCAAGGGGUUUUGCGUUUGUGGAGUUUUUACUACCAAAGGAGGCUGAGAAUGCUAUGGAUCAAUUGCACGGUGUCCAUUUGCUGGGCCGUAGAUUGGUAAUGCAAUAUGCAGAAGAAGAUGCAGUAGAUGCAGAAGAAGAGAUAGCUAGAAUGACCAAAAAGGUUAAAAAGCAAGUCGCUACAAAUGAGAUGGCAGCCUUAAGAAAUAGGGGUGGUAGAAAGAAAUUAGAUCUCGAUAAUGAAGAUAACGAGGGUUUUUAG